GCAGCUAGCAACAAUUCUAUAUAAAGUCUGCCAAAGCCCUAGCCUUCAAUAUUACUAAAUGAGCGAAGAGAGUAAUUAGAACAUAGAAUUGGAAAUUCAGUCCCAAGAUUAUUGCUUGUCUGCAACCAUCUCUCCAUGGAGUGUCUUCCUCUUCUUGUUGCCUCCCUGGUGGUAGGCCUAGCAGUAACUCUGUGCACUCUUGCUCCACAGGCUGAGGCCCGUGCAUUCUUUGUGUUUGGUGAUUCGCUUGUUGACAAUGGCAACAACAAUUACCUGGCCACCACUGCUCGUGCCGACUCCUAUCCUUAUGGCAUCGACUACCCAACUCAUCGACCCACCGGCCGCUUCUCUAAUGGCCUCAACAUCCCAGACAUUAUCAGUGAGGCAAUGGGUGAGGAGUCUACACUACCCUACCUGAGCCCAGAGCUCAGAGGAAAGAAACUACUAGUUGGUGCCAACUUUGCUUCUGCUGGGGUCGGAGUUCUGAAUGACACAGGAAUCCAAUUUGUAAGCAUCAUCAGGAUCAACCAACAAUUGCAGUACUUCCAACAAUACCAGCGACGUGUAAGUAAGAUGAUUGGAGAAGAACAGACACAGCAACUUGUGAACCAGGCGCUCGUCCUCAUCACCCUUGGUGGCAAUGAUUUCGUUAACAACUACUACUUGGUGCCGUUCUCGGCAAGAUCGCGCCAAUACUCUCUCCCAGAUUAUGUUCGCUUUGUCAUCUCUGAGUACAAGAAAGUUUUAGCGAGACUGUAUGAACUAGGAGCACGUAGGGUUCUUGUGACGGGAACUGGGCCCAUGGGCUGUGUCCCAGCUGAGCUAGCCAUGCGUAGUGUGAAUGGUGAAUGUGUAGUGGAGCUGCAACGAGCUGCUGACUUGUUCAACCCUCAACUGACUGAGAUUAUAAAGCAACUCAACUCUGAAAUCGGUUCAGAUAACUUCAUUGCUGCAAAUACAAAUCGGAUGCACAUGGAUUUCAUCAGUAACCCACAAGCAUUUGGUUUUGUUACAUCAAAGAUAGCAUGCUGUGGACAAGGGCCCUACAAUGGGAUAGGACUUUGCACGGCUGCCUCAAAUCUGUGCCCCAACAGAGAUGUCUAUGCAUUUUGGGAUCCAUUCCAUCCAAGUGAGAGAGCAAACCGGAUUAUUGUUCAACAGAUCCUGGCGGGAUCAACUGAUUACAUGCACCCCAUGAAUCUAAGCACUGUAAUGGCUCUGGAUGCCAAGAUGAUGACUUGAUAACUGCUCCAUUUUCAGGCUUCCUUCUAGCUAGCUAGCAGGGCCUUCAGCUGUCUUCUAUUAUCCCAGGAUUUAUAUAGGGUUAAUUAUAUUAAUCUUUCAAAUUGUCUGUUUAAUUCCUUGGUGCUUGGGCAUUAGUAAGGGUCGUCUUAAUUAGCAGAGAUUAAUUUAUGUUUUGGUUGUGUUGAAAGGAGAAAGGUGUAUCUUUAAUGGAGGAUUAUAAGUCAAAUUCAAAGACUGAUUAUGGAGUUCAGAAUUGCAAUAAGACUUCUAUUAUGAGAUCAAUUAAUGAUUUAGUGCA